AUGGUGGAGCGGGGUGCGGUUGGCUGCUCGGGUUUGGGCACCGCUAGGCUCCGCCUCAUCGAGCCGGGCGAGGACGGCACCUUCGGCGAGGCUGGGCCGACGGAUCGCUGCCGCUUCGGGGCAGAGACUUCCCUGCAGGCCGGGCCGGCGAACUGCGGCCCUGGCGGGUUGCCCAGCGGCGUCGCCCCUUUCAACUGCCAGCUGGAGCCCCUGGUCGCCACAACCGCAGGCUGGCGCUGGGAUUUGGAGCUGCGGCCGAGACUCCGGGCCCGUGCAGCGCUGCCCACAGCACUGGGAGUGGGCUCCCUCACGGCCGAGCCACUGCUCCUGAAGCCCGCGAGACGGGCCGCGCUUGAGGUGGAGGACCUCAGGCUGGAGGCUCCCGGAGGCAGCUUUGACACAACGGCCCCACACAUCCUCAAGCUCAUCGCAGACGAUGCCGGGACGUUGCAGGAGUCCGACUGCUCUUCGGCAACGCCGGAGCCAGAACGGCUGAGCCUCCGCUGCUCUGCAGAGGGCUGCCCCUCAGCGGACCAGGUGGCUCCCGAGGUGCUGGUGUGGCAGCGCGUGGAGAUCUCACAGCCAGGCUGGUACGCGGCGUGCUACUGCCAGGUGACGAAUGCCACAACCGGCUGCCAGGAGGGCUCCUGGCGACUCCUGGGCUGGCAGCUCGUCGCCGGCAUCACGUCGCUGGCGGCCGGGAGCGAGGGGCAGGGCUCAGUGGUGUACCGCGGCGGCCACUUCCUGCUGACCCUGCGUGGUGCGGGCUUCACGCCAGAGGACCGGCUCCACAUCCAAGCCGGGGAGGUCGCCUGCAUGCCGUGGAUGGACUACCAGGCCAGCGCCGCCUCGGCUCCGGUGGCUUUGGCUGCCGGUGCCUCCGAGGAGCCAACGCUGCCAGGGUCCCUGGCGCCUGGCGAGAUGCGCAGCUUCAGCCGUGAGGGACUCCGUGGCCGGCUCUCCCUCACCAGGGCCCAUGGCCUCCAGGCGGGCGACACCCUCCGCUUCGCGGGGCUGGUGGUGGUCGGUCCAGCCUGCGCCAGCGUUUACUCUGUGGCACUGGACCGCAAUGUCUCGGACUGUCUGGAAGUCCUGGAAUCCGCACCCAUCAACGUCUUCAGCGCGCCUUCUGAGACAGAGGUGGUGCUGGACGUGGCCCUCUCCGAGGAGGAGCUCCAGUCCCUGGACCUCUCCUUGGCCACUUGGCUCGGGGCCUCGGCUGCAGCCUUCGGCCGCUUCGCCGCCGGCCGCAGCGCCACCGGGCGCCAUGCGGUAUGCUGGGGCGGUCGUGAUGCGAACUUCUCCUCCUUGGCUUCCAUCCUGGAGGUUGUGGAUGCGCCUCCCUUUCCGUCAGCCCUCCACCUGACCACGGCGCUGCCCCACGUCCCGGCUCCAAGUGUCUUGGCCUUCCAGACCAAUGGAGCCGCGCCUUACAGCGAGGCAGCUGGGCCCAUGCGGUUGACUCUGACCUUUCGUUCCUCCGGCCCGCUACGCCAUGCUUUCAGUGCUGCCGACGAGAGCGCGGCCCUGGCUUUGACCUACGAUCAGGCGGCGCAGGAGGUGUGCGGCCGCCUCUUCCGCGAGCUUUGGUCUGAGGACGAGGAUGGCUUCCCUCAGCCAGCGGGCUGCUACUACAGCGAUGCCCUUGCAGAGUAUGGAAUGGUUUUCCCUGCCAGGGCUGGUCUGAAACCAGGCACGCGGUACCAGAUCGUGAUGAUGACCCGGCUCAGCCGUGGCAUCUCCACGCAACAUGACUGGAUGCUCGUAUCUGACACGGUCCCGCUGCCGGUCAUUGGACCGGAGGAGACUCGAUACACGAGUCCUCAGUCGUUUGGCGACUUGGGUGCUCUUCCCAGCUUGCUGGCCUGUCAGGAGGCCUGCGCGCAAGUGCUGCAGUGCAAUGUGGCCGUCUAUCGCCUCUCCUCGGACCAGCACUGCCUCAUCGCGGACUUCUCGCAGCGCGCGCAGCCUUUUGCCACGCAGCCGGCACCAGGCAACUUGACCCUCUUCGUGGCAGACAGGCUGAAUGGAACAGCCCAAGAUUCGCAGAGCGUGGUGGCGGAUCUGUGGAGCAUGGACGACAUGCUGACGAGGCCUUUCCAUGCAGUGGAAGCCUCUGAGACCAUCCUCGCAGCUCGUGCGGCAGCCGCUGUGCUGCCCAGUGAUCCUCGCUGGCACACGCAGGGUCUGAUGGUCCUCGAUCCCGAUGGCAUUGUCACGACCGAGGCGGCGCCGCUGCUGCUGACGCAGCCGCGCCUCGCCCUGCAGCUCCGGGCGGCGCAAGGGAGCAGCAUCGAGGCCGGGACUUUGCUGCGCCUGUUCCUCCGGCCGCUGACGCAGUGGGCGCUGCCGGAGGAGGGCUGCCCAGUCCACUGCGUCCCUCAGUCUGUCGCGUUGUCCUGCGAUGCCCCGGCGUGCCACGCCGUGGCUCUGGUCUCCGCGCCCUGGGAGGGCCAGCGGAAUGUGCUGGAGAUCGUUCUUCCUCCCAACAUGGACAAGAUCACGGACACGGUGAUGCACACUAUCGUCCUCAGUGGCCCGACUUUGCAUCUGCCGGCGGGGGGCUUCAUGCCCUCACGGCUCUCUGCCGAGUUGAUCGCCCCUGGCACGGAGGAUGCCGCCGAGAGGCGGGUGUCCUACAUGGAGUCUGUUGGGGUCCUUCCCUACGCAGCACUCGCGGUCGUGGGCGGCGUGCUUGCGCGUGAUGGCGCCGAGCGGCCUUUUGCAGGUGAUGUCUCGAACAGCAUCUACUUCCGCUUCAAGCUGGGCUCCACGCUGCUCUCAGGAAGCCUCCAAGCGGCUUUCACCGUCCAACUGCCAGCAGGUUAUGUCGUCAGGAGCGUCAAUGUCGCCCCGCCUGACUUGGUGACCCUCUCCUCUCGGCGGCUCUCCGGGCCACAAAGCCGUGGGCAGUUGACUGCCGGGACGUGGAGUUGCGCCACUAGGACCUGCACCUUCACCAUGGACAGCCACGCAGCCAUCUACAGUGGCUACGUGGUGGUGCACCUCGUGGUGGACAACCCGGCCAUCCCGCUAAAGCUGCAGGACACGGCGAACCGCUGGAGCAUGGCGGUCAGUGGCCCCGGGGAUGCAGCGUCUCUAGCGGUGCUGCCGGCAAGGACGCUGGAGCCGGGAACAUCAUCGGAUCAGGCUCUGUACACCCCGUCAUCUGCCGUUCUGGGUCGCCUCUCCGAGAUCAGCCUGACCCCAACGAAUUUCUGGCAAGGCGCGGCCAGGAGCAUGGCCCGCGUCUUCUUCCGGACGCAGCAGGGCUGGGCAGGCCGAGUAGCUUUGCAGCUCACGGCCCCCUCCAGCGGCUUUGGCUUCGAUGCCGCCUGCACCGUGGAGGAUCUGCCAGCAUCCUACUACCUCCCUCAGCAGAGCCUCCUGGGCCGGAGCAGUAGUGCCGAGCAGGGCGCGUCUCAGGGAACGGUCCGGAGACUGCCGAAGGUGGAGGCCUGCCAUGGGGUGCACGUCUCCACUCUGCAGCCGCCAGAGUCAGACUGGCUGGCGGAGUUCUACGCACUGCCGGGCCGGCUGCCCUCCCACGCAGAGAUUCUCGCAGAAGGUCCCCUCAUCGAAGCUGCGACUUAUGCUUUCGCCAUCCUCGUGCGCCAUACCAACUCCUUCCAGCCGUCGGCAGGUGGAUUCAUGCUCGCCAGCUACAUUCACACGGAGGCCUCCUGGCAGCUCCUCGACCGCAGCCCUGCGCCCUUGCCGCUGCUGCCCGCCACGGCCAGCGACACCUGGCCCGGGUAUGGGCUCUACCUGCUGGCUGCUCCGGACGGGUUGAGCGCAAGGGUCGUUCCACGGCUGCCCUUCGCGCAGACGGCGCUUCCCGGAGAAGUGCUGCUCCUCCUUCGGCCUCCUGUCACAAGCGCCUGGCUCGCCGUGUCCUGGCGCGUGUUUGCACCGACGACCUAUGGCUGGGACUUCACAGACCGAGCCUUCUUCUUCAGGCAAUCCGAAGUACCUGGCACAACAGCAGACCUUCCGGUCAUUCGUGCUCCCACCGCGCCCCACGUGCCGCCCCUCAACGCCUUGAUCUUCUACGGGGCCAAUGAGAACCCAACACCCGGGUGGGUGGUCAACGAAACGUACGGCUUCCGCGCCGGCGUUCAAGUCCCCACACAGACGCCCCGGCAUGCUGUGAACGAGUGGAUCGUGGAGUGGGGCUUUGACCGCAUCGACCUCUCCGAACGCCUCGCAGCCGCGACUGCACAUGGGGAGGAGGUGCGAGCAGUGCACAGCUUCAAUGUCUGGAGUUUGGGAGGCAGCAUUCAAGGCCAGAGCGGCGAGCUCUUGUUGGAGUUCGGGUUGGUCUCGGAGGUGCCGCAAAUACGCGGGGCACUUCAGCUGCGCACGCCCCAAGGCUAUGUCUUCGACACCAUCUGCGUCCCCUUCCCGCCGGCCGGAAGCUUCGAGCCCUUCCUUCCGCUUCCCGUCCGUGUGGAAUGCACCGCAGCGACAUCAGGCACCGAUCCAGAGCCUGUCCUCACCAUCCGGCCCAUGGACGGAAGCCUUCCGCCAGGGAGGUGGUGCUUUCUGCUGACCACCAUCUUGCCCGCCGAGGUGACAGCUGCCGAUGCGGAUCCGGUGUUCACCUUGCGAACAUUUUCCUCCUAUGCUGUGGAGGCCAUCGAUCAGCCGGCAGACGUCGGGGCGGUCACGGCCGGCUUUCGGGCUGGGCAGCGCCUGCCUUUCGCUGGCAUCGUGGACAACGUGGACUACCGUUUGUCAGGUCGCGACGACCACCCUGGACGUGCCUCCGCCUUGAUCUUCGGCUUCCAGCUUCGGACUGCGCCCAACGUCAUCGGCAACGUGGAAGUGGAGGUCGUGGCCCCACUGGGCUAUCUCUUCAACGAGGACUGCGUCGCAGACAUCAGUGACCGAAUCUUCGGCGUGGGGCAGGGCUUCCCGGCACCUUACCGGCCGUUCGAGCCGGGAGUUGUUCUGGUCGCGUGCGCCGGCCACCGCAACGUGGCACGCCUCGAGGUGACGCCGGGGUUGCUCCCAGGCACUCUGUAUGCGUUCAAGCUGCGCAUCGACCAGCAGCCGGCAGCCACGCCUGCGCAGAACAUCUGGUUUCUCAACAUCGCGGACCAGGCCUCUCAGGCCAUUGAGGGCUAUUCGCUGUGGUCCUUCACGGACUUGGCUUUGGCCCUGCUCCUGCAGACCAUCAUGCCCCACACGGAGACUGCAGAGAACGAGGUCACAAUUCUCUUCCGUCCUACGAAAACGAUGACGAGCCAGGGCGCCCUGCACGUGACGGCGCCCGAGGGCUUCCGCAUACGCCGCGUGUGCACUGCCUCGGUUCAGCAGCUGGCCUCUGGCAGUGGUCUUGCGCAGACCCCUGCGGAUGUGGAACUGCCAGGAGUAGUCUGCCAAGGAGAGCGCCCCGCAACCAACCGCUUCGAGGUGAGCUUCCUCUCGCAGCUGUCUCUGCUGGCAGGAGGCUGUCUAGCAGUCCAGCAUUGCACCGAGAAAGAAGAGCACCUCUGGGUACUCUGGAACGAAGUGGACAAGGGCAUGCUUGGAGACUACGCCGCGCGGGCACACGUUGAACUGGAAAUCCGGAACUUCCAGGACCAUGAUGGCACUUGGCCCUUCUCGGAUCAAGUCUGCAUCUGGGAUCUCUUCUCGCAGGUCAGCGAAAGAUUGGAUGGAUGGGAGGAGUGCUGCCACUUCUGGUGCCACAAACGCCGGGGCCGGGUGCUGCGGAGCCUGGGCGUCGGUAGCAGCCAAAAGCGCCAAAAGAGCGCGGCGCUUUUGGGGCUCCUUGUGGCUUCACGCCUCCUUGAGCAGAGGGAGGGGCCAUGGCUGGAAGAGGAGCUGAGGCUGGCCAGGAAGGUCACGUUUCCCCGCAUUCAGCCUUCUCAGCAGCAGCCACUGGGGUGCACGCAAGCAGGGAGACCGGCCAAUGUUGCAGACCCCUCGAUGCGUCACAAGGAGGCGUGGAUUCCGAUGUCUGGAUCCUGGAUCUGGUGGUACGACCCAUAUCUGCUGGUGCUGUGCGAGGACAGCAGUUCGAGCCUCUUUGCCGACGCCCGGCCGCGCUUCCAGCAUGUGGCUGAGGUGGACAGCUGCAAGGUCCUAAAGGAAGAUCAGGCGUGGUGGCUGAAGGACUGGCUUGAGUCCCGGUUCCCAGAAGCCUAUUCCUAUGCCGGGAUCUACAAGUUCCAAGGAUACCAGGUCAUCGGAAUGGGUGGAACGGUGGAGCACCGGAUGAGAGCUGCGUGCGUUGGGCUUGGGAUGCUCAUGUGCAAGGACAGAUCCUCGCUGCCUCGGCAGUGGCAGCCGGUGUGGGACGAGGUGCAACAUGCUCAGUGGUUGCCAACUGCGGAAAUCCAGAGAUUCUAUGACCUGCCGACGCAAGGCUUCUGGCAGAACAUCGAAGGUUGGCACGCUGACCGCCAGCGGCAAUGUCCAGAUCCUUUGAUGUGUGACCACUUGAAGCCUUCCGACGGCAUCACGUCGACGGUCCUUGAGGAGUUGCUGCGCAGCUGUCAGCCCGCAUUGCGCCGGCAGCUGCAGCUGAACGGUAACCGAUACACCCAACUUGACCUCACACACUCUGGGCGACCUUGGCAUCGCAUCAUCGCAGGCCACUCUGAGAUGGAGCACAUCGUUGGCCCUGGCAUAACACACUUCGCCGUAGCUGCAGACCCUCGCAGACUAAACCCGUUCCACGGGGAAGCUGCCAUAUAUUGGGUCGCACGCCGGGUGGACCAGAGCCUUUGCGCCUUCAGCUGCAUGAAGCGCACUCACGACACCUGGAAGAAGAGCAGAACCAAACAGGACGAAACCAUGGCUUUUCGCCUUGCAACCGGCUGGCAAGUGGCCAAGCGUUGGGAAGGUGGCUUGCCAUGCGUGUUCGUGAACUUGAUCCAGGCGUUCAAGGAGAGUUGCAACGUGGGCGAAGAGGACUUCGUGCCGCCAGGCUCUAACGGCUACGAUGCGUGGACACUGUCGGAGGAGACUGAGCGCAAGUUUCGUGACUGGCUGCAAGUCGGGCGACCUUGCCAGGAGCUGACGACGCUGAGGAGAUCGGUCACUAGCCCGGAGCUACAGCAGGUGGUGGAGGAAGCCAUGCAGGACUGCGAUGGGGACCUUCCUGAUUCAGCAAGAUCCACAAGGCGGAGCCCCGGGCUCAGGCCGCUGUGGUGGCAGCUUCUCAAGGAUGUGCUGCAGGAAACGACAAAAUCGCGGAUGCUGUGGCAACUGGAUCCGUCAAGGAACCCUGCUGCUGAAGGCGAGUAUUCGCAGUAUCUGCAGUGGCACAAGGCCAGCGAAACUCUCUUUGCGCAUGAAGCCAUCAGUGACCACUUCAUCCAUGGGCGCCACGAGGGAGUUUCGGUAGCAACAACAAUCCAACAGAUCGUGGACGGCGUCGUCAGAGGCGAGGACUUCCCUGCAUUGGUGGCCAUCUCUUGGCGAGGCAACUUGCACAUCAUCUGCGGAAACCGUCGGUUGUAUGCGUUCAAGGAGGCCUCAAGAAGAACUGGACGUGAGAUUUGGUUCAAAGCCAUUGUACAUGAUUUUCCAAGGCUCACAAGCAUUCCCGACGAACAUUUGCGGUGGGCGUUCAAGAUCAAAGCAGUGGCGGCCAUGAACACCGAUAAUUUUGGCAUGGCUGCUCGGAUGCGCGGUGCGAGAGGUUGA